CGCGGCGAUCUCCCGGGCGCAAAACAACACCAAAACAGAGUGAACUCAAGCCUUCCAACACCUAUUUCGACACCACCACGCUUCCAAUUCGACCCGACACCUAUAAUCUUAUAGCUACAGCCCCGCGCUUUCACGCGAAAAUUCGCUACAAUCGAGAAACCGCACCGGCAGAGCUGCAACGCGUCAUCAGCACACCGCGCAUCCUCCCAGCACAUCACCCCCGCAGCGACAAUGGAUUCGGAGCACCGCAAAAUCGAACUCCAAUCCCCCGGCGAUCUUACAUACCUCACCUCGCAAAUCCGCACCGUCGCGCGCAAAAAAAUAGACCUGCACCUGCCCCCGCACCCGGACUCCUCCGAGCCCGACGACCUGCGCGCCCAAGUCGAAGACCUCGUCGACGCCUUCGUCGCGCAGGUCCUCGCCGGCCUGCGCCACAACAUCAGCAUAAAUGGGAUCGAUGUUGUAAAGCGCGGUUCAGAGGAAGACGGGGACGGCGACGCGGACGGCGAGAAAAUGGACGUCAAUGUCGAGAAUGCGGUGGUGCAGGUCGAGGACUUCGAGCCCUUUGAUGAGAAGCUGAGAGGGCGGCUGGGCGCUGCGGUUCAGAAGCGCGAUGCGCUUGUUGCGAAGAUUAGCCAGCAUCGGCGGACGACGCCGGCGCUGGCGGCGAGGCGGUGGGAGGAGCAGUUUAGUAGGGAGAUGGAGGAGUUGGAGAGGGGGUGGAGAGAGGGGCAGAAGAGGGCGGUGGAGAUGGGAGAGCAGGAUGUGCUGGGUGUGCAGGGCGUGAAGAGGAGGGAGGAGGUGGAGAGGAAUUGGGAGAGGGCUGUCGAAGGGUUGGGGCGGUUGCAGAAGGGGUUGCCGGAGACGAGGGCGAGGUUGGAGAGGUGUGGGGAUGUGGUUGGGUAUCUGCAAGGGGGUGGGAAGGAGAAGGAGAAGGGGAGGGUGUAGAGAAGGUGAUCUUGAGGCGUUCUGGAUGGGAGGUGGUUAUGAAAUGGGCUAUGGUUGGAUUGGGCUGGAUCGGCGUUUUGGCGUUGCGGAGUUUGGCCUCCAGCAUCUGUUUAGCACUGAGUAAUCCACUCAACGGAGGCGUGAAGGAUACCCAAAGUUUACCUCUCUGUAUAAGCGCCUUUAUGCAACAAGAUAAUCGUUCUGAGCGCUGAUCCAAGAAGCAUUGACUUCCUGAUUCUACCCAGUUUUCCUGUACCUACAUUAUACUUAUGGAACCACUACGAGGGAACGGAUAGAGCAG